GCUGGUUGAGUUCAUCCACCUGGAAACCAUUUCCCUGAGAUUCAUUCAUCUUCUCGGGGAUAUUCCUACUCCUACAGUGGGCGGUGCAGCUGUGGGCAUUAGUCUAAACCUUCAACACGUAGAGUUGUGUUGUUUCCUAAGCCUUUCGGACCCUCAGCCAGCGGUGUGUUUCUGACGAUGCUGCCUUCUUCACGGCACCUCUCAUUCAUCCGCUCAUCUCCGCCUCUCUAGUGGCCUGGUGUGGUCUCGGUUUACCGGCUAACGUUAGCUCACGCUGCUGCUCUGUCGGUACACGGUCCAGGCUCAGAGGAAAAGGAAACAGGUUCAUAUGAUAUCAGCUUUAAUUUGUCUGCAAAGUCAACCCGGUCAGAAAGCUAUCGUUUACUUUCAUCAGCUGGAAUGGAUUAUGAGCAGAAGGCAAAGUCGGUGGCUGACUGUCUGAUGAGCUACAAGAGGGACGAGACCGGGUGGAAAGUCUGCAAGAAAUCGGUAAACUGUAGUUAUUAUGUUCCUCUGUUGAACUGUACACUUUUACAUAUAAGGUGCAUUCCCUCUUCACGUUGAACACCAGCCAGAAAGUCUGUCACUUGUUCGGCCCCCUAACAAUGAAAGCUUUUCCAAACUCAAGAGUCAACUCUGUCGUUUCGGCCAUAACUCAGGUAACUGACCGAAACAGAGAAGGUUUUGUGCUGAAAAAUAAACAGACUAAUUCAAUAUUUCAUAUAUGUGACCACUUUUAGACUGUAUAAUAUAUUUUUGAAUGCUCACUUGAAAUGAUAGGGUGACUGAUAUGAUAUUCCUUUAAAUUGGGUUAAUGCAGAGUAAUACAGUCAGCACUUCAGAUUUGACCUAGCAUCAGUUCUUCAUCUCAUUUUACCCUCUAGAGGUAUUCUGUAUAUUUUCAGUUUAUUGCAUAUUGUGAUGGCUGUUUUACAUAUUAUCAGGCUACAGUGGUUGAGAACCGCCACUGCUGCACAUAAAAAAGAAUACAAAAAAAAAAAAAAACAACAACUUGCAAAUAAAAAAAGAAACAAUGCAGAUUAAAAAAAAAAAAAAAAAAAGCCACAGCAGAAGUUAAGGACCGGGACUAAGUGGCGAUGCAAAGAAAAAAACAACAACAAAAAAAAAAACCCUUGCAAAUAAAAAAAAAAACGGUGCAGAUUAAAAAGAAAGCCACAACAGAAGAUAAGGGCGCAAAACAAAGUGGCGAUGCAAAAAAAAAAAAAAAAAACAAGAAAAAAAAAUUGCAAAUAAAAAAAGAAAUGGUGCAGAUAAAAAAGAAAAAAACACAAGAGAAGUUACCGAUACAAGAAAAAAAAAAAAAGCAACAACUUGCAUAUAAAAAAAACAGUGCAGAUGAAGAAAAAAAAGCCACAACAGAAGUUAAUUUUGCAUUAAUUUUUUUUUCCAUCGUCACUUUUUUGCCGUCAUUAACUUCUGUUGUGACUUUUUUUUAUCUGCACCGUUUCUUUUUUUUAUUUGCAGUGGGUUUUGGUUUCUUUUCUUUUUUUUUUUGCACCAGUAACUUCCGUUAUCACCUCUUUUUUUUUUUUUUUGCAUUUUUAUUUUAUUUUUUUAUUUGCAGCAGUGGCGGUUCUGGGCCACCAUAUCAGUCAUCUCAAAUGUGCUUCGUAUCCUAAUAUUAAGACCAUUGGUAAUGUAAUAGUUAUUGGAGCACGUCAUCCAGUGUGACUGACCCUCACAACACAGUGCUCAAGUAUGACAAAUGUCUUAAAAGCGGUAGUGCUUUUCAGUGUCUGGAGUUACGAGGUUAAAUAUGCCUUUUUUUUUUUCAGUGAUUAAAGGUCUUCUUGGCUGUAAUUAUAUCUCAUGCUCAUCUCAUAUUAUCCUGGUAUUUAUUUGUAACCACCAUACUUGAUGGGUUUUUGUUAAGGGAAUGUGUUCAACACUGUGUUGUAUAAAUAUUUAAUGUGCUCACUCAGUCAGUUUUAAUCACUGAGUGGAUGAAUCAGGAUGCUAUUUGCAGGGUAUUAAAAUGAAAGUAAAAUCUGGUAAAAGUGCAAUGAUAAAUAACAAAACCAUUCUGCAUUAUUGUUGUUGAAGGUCCUCCUGGUUGUCCAGAGGAGUAAUGUCAUUUGAACUACUUAUAAGUUACAUUAUUAUGUACAGCCAACUGUUUCAACACUCUGACUUGGAUAAGAACAUAUUUUAACCAGGAAAGGAGGCUUCGGAUUUCUUACCUCUCAGUCUUGUUGGUUUACAUCCUUUUACCCAACAUAAUGAAAUCAACAAUUUUAAUAUAUUAAACAGUUGAGGGCCCAUGAAGGUCAUCCUCAGUGCUCUGUUGCUCAGAAAGAUCUUGUGGAUCAGAAUGACCUGCAUUAUUGCCAUCACAAACAAUAAGGGUCUUAGAAUUAAGGUCCCAGAAUUACAGCCCUCAACCUGCAGAUCGUGGGCCUUCAGAUAAGUGCUACUUCUGUGCUAGUACUUACUCCAGGGGAAGGGGCAUGAAACUCUCUGCUGAAUGAUUUUUUUAUGCGUCUGAUUGUCUCAUUCAGCUCAUGUGUCACAGGGAUACGGCGGUUCAAGUGCAGAAUAUGUAAAUAAUAUACAAUUUACUUUCCUGAAAUCCAGCCAAUCAGAUCUUAUUUGACAUUUGGAUCCAGGGACCCAGUUCAGUCCUGGGCCAGACUGACCCAUGAUAACCAUCACUUUUAUCAAGCUGAAUGAUUACAAAAAGGUAAAUGUUGCUGUAAGCUAAUGUGCUGUUUUCUCCGGCAGAAUGACGUGGUUGUGUCUUGGCGCCCCUCAUCUGAAUUCCACGGAAAUGUGUGAGAAACGUUGACUUCUUUUUCCUUUAUUUGAUUUAGUUCUGAUUUUAACAACACUUUAACAAAGUUCAGGAAUUACAAUUGGUUCCUACAACUAUGAAACUUUUGUCCAAAAGUUUUCUAAAACUGUACCGAUAAAAAUACAUAAGGCAAUUAUUCCCUGAAAUACUCCUGUGUAAAUCACUCUGAAACUGCAAGAAAGAAGUGGAAGUGAAGUCUUGAAGAUGAAGUGUAGCUACGCAUAUUCGACCUCUCAUCCAAAUUCAGCCGCUGCCACCUCCACUUUUGCGGAUUUGCAGCAGCAAACUUUAUUUAUAGAUGAUGAUUUCUGGAAGUGAUUUUUAAGCCCAUGCAGUGAUUUCCACUGCAGAGUCACAUCUGUUUUUGACACCGUGUGGCGUGAGGGCUCGAGGAUCACACUUAAAAGUAAAAUAUGAAGACCAACAAUUUGCAAACCAUCCAAAAAUCUGUUUUUAUCAACAAUUUAUACAGUGUCACAUUUAUAUUUUUGGAGUUGGGGUUGUAUUUUAAAAUGUAGCGACUUACAGAUGGUGCUGCUCAUUUUGUGCAAAUACUUAAACCUUGCAUGGUACUUUAUAUCCAAUAUGCAUAAUUUAAAAAAAAUCAAAACUUUUGAAGAAGUCUGUUAGGACUUAAUAAAUUUGGUUGAUACUAUUUAAACGCCAGCACAAAGUCAGUGAAGGAGAGUUUCUUUCUUUCCUUUGAGAUUGUUCUGAGAACUACAAAAAAGGAUUAGGGCUACAAAAUUUUGACAUUAUCCACCAGAUUUCGACAUUUUGUAAUCUCGAAAUUCGGACUUUAAUCUCAAAAUUUCAAAUUUUAAUCUUCUAAUUUUGAAUUUAUUGACAUAAUUUCUAUUUUUUUCAUCUUGAAAUUUCAACUUUUACCUCCUUCCUGUAAUUAUUAUUUUUUUUCUCUUUAUGUGGUCCUAUUCCUCUUUCGUCGAGAACUCUGCAACUGUGUUACUGUCUGUAAGCUAAAGUGUUCUGUGACUUCCCUUUCAGUUAUAAGGGGGAGGGGAUUGUCAGUGGAAGCCCAGAGAAAGUGUGGGAGUGCUUAAAGCCAAUACCAAAUGGACUCCGAGUCAGCUGGGACAACAACGUGAAAAAGUUUGAACUGCUUGAACAAAUCACAGAGGUUGGUUCUGAUUUGUUCUUCCAGAAAUCUCUUUUUGUGUUGUAUCAAACAUACUAACCCAGUCGGUCCAUACAGUUGUCAGAUUUCUUCAGUUUUUAUGCCUCAGAUUGUCUGAAAUAUUUUCAAAACUGCACUGUGUCUCAACAUUUGAGUUGCCUCAAACAACACUACAAUAUUUUGGAAACUCUAUACUGCAAAACCAGCAAUCUGUCUGAGCCUGCUUAAUCCUGGCUCCGCUUUAUUAUAAAGAAACUGGUCCAGACCAACCAUUGAAGGAUUUAACUAUUAAGGAUAAAUGAACACAUUUCACAGAGAGAUACAAACAUGACCGGUGCAGCUUUGAAUGCAUACAGGUGAUGUCCACGUUUGCUUUUGCUUUGUUUGACUCAGUCCUUGAGUACAUACCCUUGUCUCCCACUCUUACACAGGACAUCUCUAUCUGCCGAACAGUCACGCCCUCAGCAGCUAUGGGGAUCAUAGCCCCACGAGACUUUGUAGAUGUUAUUUUAGUACAACAAUAUGAAGAUGGCACCAUUUCAUCAAAUGGUGCGUAAACACUCAUUCUUGUCUCUUCUCCUUCCUGUAGUUGUUUCUUGUAUACUCUCUUCACUUUGCUUUAACUUGACUGACAUGGGUAUACUCGACAGGUCUGAACAAACUUCAUGAGACAUUUAUUUGUUUUCAACUUUCACCCCAAAGUACAGAACUUUUGCCUCAUUUUGUGUUUGAAUAGUUUAUAUUGAUGUUGAAAAACAGGUUUACAACAGCUGUUCACGACACAGAGAAAAACAUAUAAGAAGAUAAUCUAUGCUGUAUGAUAAUAUAUGACAUACAGUGCCCAGCAUAAAUCAGUACACUCCCUAUUAAAAGUAGUGUAGUACUACAUAUCUAGGUGAGCAAAAGUACAAUUUCCAAUAUUUGGCACAGCUGAGUUUAACAUAACCUUUUAUUUACCAUAAGAUGAAAAUGAGGGUUGAUUUUAAAUUGAAAAAGUUACUUUCUUGUAUGCAACUUGUAUGUGGUGUAUGAAUUAAAGUUUCCUUUUGGAAGUGAUAUAUUUUCACGUCUGUAGAGUUACAAGAACAGAUUGAUACAGAAAAUGUGAGUUUGUCUUAACUGCAGCUUUACAGAGGUGGGACAGAUAAACCUGCAGACUCCUGGUUUAGCUUUGGAGAUGGUAGUCAAGUUUUCUGAUCUUCAGUCAUCCAGUAUAUUGUGACAGAUGUGAAACUUUUGUCUCGCCAAACAGCCACCAACGUGAGUCACUCAAGCUGUCCUCCUCAGUCUGGCUACGUGAGAGGAUUGAACCACCCGUGUGGUUGCAUCUGUGUCCCCAUCUCAGGGUGAGCUCGCUUCCACACCACUUUAAGUCCAUCUCCACUGCUUCUCAUUCACUUCUCUCUGUGUUUUCUAACUUCUCCUGUUUUUCCACAUUGUUUCCAGAGAGCCAAAGAAGACUCAGGUUUUGAGUUUCUUCCAGACUGACCUGGGUGGCUUGCUUCCUCGCUCUGUAGUCGACUCUUUCUUCCCCUCCAGCAUGGCUGAGUUCUACAGCAACUUGGCCAAGGCUGUUAAAUCUCUGAAGGACCACUGACAACAAGAGUUGGGAAGUGUACCUUAAAUCUUGAACCUGACGUAUCAGGUCAAAUAUUCCUUCCAUUUUUAAGCUCACACCCAACAGCAGUCAGUGUCCUGGAAUCAUCAAACAGUUGCUUGAUUCAAACCAAGCUCUGGAUUUAUCUGUAAUCCCCUGUGUUACUGUAGAAGAAUCCAGUAAGUCUCAGCCAUUCACCGUCCAACUCCAGGGCAGGUACUGAACUACCUUUUCAAUCUAAAGACAGAACAUGGAUUUACGUCUAUAUUUUUACAUAGUUUGAAGUAUAGCACGUCUACUUUUUAGCAGGAUGAUGAGAGACCAGACAUUUACUCGUUGUAUCAUUGCAUACUACAGUGUACAGAAAACAUGCAUGUUGCAUGGGCCUUGUUUACCCUACAACGGUAUCAGUUUAUUGGUUAAGCAAACUGACCUUUACCUCACUUCAUACCUCAUUAGUCUUUUUUUUUUUAGUGUUGUACUUGAAUUUCCAUAGAUUAGUUCUGCUCUGCUUACUUUAAAAUCAUGAAUGUCUGCCACUGUUAGCAGCUACACUCAAACACUGAAGCAUGAAGGAGAUGACAUAAAUGUGCUUUAAGACAGAGGCUCCCUUUAAAAUGAUGCUGAAGACAGUGGGUCGAGUUCAUGAGACGUUAGUGAAUUUAUGUGCAGAUUUACGUCCUAAUCGUCACUGUUACUAAUGAACGCUGCUGAAACCCCUGAUUUGAUCAUGAGUAAGUUCAUUAUAGUUCAUAAAUGCCAAUCGAUCAAAAAGUGACACCAAUGACUAGCCAAUGAACACCAUAUAAGGAGGUGUGGACUUGUACUUCCUGUGAGACAGUGAGAAAAGGAAGAGAGAGGAGGAGAAAGAAAAUCUUUCAGAUGAGGUAAAAGAAGUGAUCUCAGGUGUAUUGGAGUGAAUGAAAAUCAGAUGUUUUUUCUCCUGUGAGUGGUGGAGUGACUCUCUCCUCACAGUCCGAGUCUGUAUUGGGGGGUCAUAGAGGCAGAUCCUGCUUUGUGUCAGACGAGUCUAAAACCUGGGCUUUAAUGGGUACACAUAGACGAUCCUUGAAGUGCUGAGGUAAGGAAAAAUAAAGGGCAAAUCCAUGAGUACGGGAAACAAGCGUGCAGACUACACAAAUCUGCACAUGGCUUUUUCUCUUGAUCUGACACCUGAGGACUCUGUAAACAUGCGAGGAUGUAAACAGGUUUAAUUAACCAGCCGUCUCUCACUGAUCCAUCCUCCAAACCAGUCCCACCUGAGCCCCACCAGACAACAGAGCCACAGCACCAAGUAAUUAAUAUUUGAUUAAUAUUGAACACGUAUGAAACAACCCAUUUUAUAUUUUGAUCUCAUCUAAAGCUGUAAUCUGCUAAUUGCAGAAUAAUUUGACUGAAUGUGUUAUAACAGCGAUUUCUGGUCAUAUUUUUUGCAAAUUCUUCACUUACUCAAACUCCAGCCGUGGUCAGGAGCAGCUGUAGGUUUGGAUCAUUGAUGAAUAUCGUUCUGCUCACAUUUCAUUAAUGAGACCUGUUAUCAGUAAAACACUUAAGAGCAUCUGGACGUUACCCUUCCAUUAGUUUCCUGAGUAGACUUCCCUCCCUCCUUUAUGUACAGGUCCUAAAACUCCUCGGGGCCUCCUGCCAGUUUUUUCAGUUUUUUUCUGACACCACUUUCUUCGGCUGAAACCAUUUUAAACAUGCUAGAACUUGACACUAAGAUCCCUCCUGAUGUACAAGAGGUGAAACAAUUCACUGAUUAAUUGUUGCAUCAAUUUUAAUUCCUUUUAUUCACCUGUACUGGCGUGCAGGUGUGUCAUGCCCAUUCAAGCAGGUGGAGCACUCGCCCCCAUCAGGUUUUUACUCAUACUUCCAGCUUAUUUUCCUAACCUUGUUUCUAUAUGAUCCCUGAAUCAAUAAUAGUAUUGCAAGCCAACACAAGUGUUCCUCUCACUCCCUAUAGUUAUUCAGCAGGAGUGUCCUCAGCAUCACUGUACUGUCAGAAAACUUAUCCGUCUCACUGUAAACUCAGAUGCUGCUCGACUAUGAAAGAGUUUAAAAUAGAAGUGUUUUACCAUCUGCUGUGUUUUUCUCUCAGGUGGAAAUGUUUCAUUAACAUCAUUAACACAAUAACAUCAUGAUUAAAACAAUCUUAAGAGUUCAAACAAAAGUGAGUCAGUGUUAAGUAGAGAGAUUAAGAUAAGUCAGGAGGAUACACUGUGUUAGUGUGUUGAAAAACACUUUUUUUAAGUGUGGUGAAUAAUUACAGAAGACAGUGGAGUAUAAUCAUUUUGUUAUUACAUGAGCUCUGAACAAAACACUAACCUGUUAAAUGGUUUAUAUCUGUUCACUAAAAAAACAAAAAAAAACAUGUUUAUAAUUUUCCCUACAACUAAAGACGGUCUAACAAUCACUGAUAUUUUUAAACGCCUGUAUCAUCAGCAACAAACUAUAAAAUUAGGUGAAUUUUGUAUAUGAUGGUGGUUUUUAUGUCCUGUUAUCAUAAUACAAUACAGUGACUGAAAACAUCCUUUUAGCAGUUUUAUACUUGAAAAGGUUUCUCAUAGAAAACAACAGGUUCUCAUACUUGGGUUUUAACUGUGUCUGCAUUUACACCGGUGCUGUAACAAAGAGUCAACAACAUGAGCGGUGCUACUUCACAUUUACCUGUUUUUUUUUCAAGUAGAAAUGGACUGUAAGAAGUUUUUUUUGUGACUCUAUUUCAAACUGACUAUUAAAUAAUACAGGACCUGCAAAAAAUAAACUAGAUCGUGAGCAGAAACGGACUUUUCUCGAAGAUGGGUCACAAUGUACGGAAGCGUAUUGCAUUCACUUUAAAAAAUAAAAAAUAAAAAAGCUUUUUUUUUUUUUUUUUUUCUUUGCUGUUUUUCAGAUUAAUUUUUUCUUUUGUUUUUUGUUUUUAGAAAAUUUUCCCCCUCUUUUUGUUUUUCAGACAAUUUUUGAUUCUGUUUUUUGUACUUUUUUUUGUGUGUUUUCUGUUUUUCUGACUAUUUUUUUUCCCCCUGACUAAACAAGCUGCUCCAAAAUCCUGCGAGAAUCUCAAAUAAUCAGAUAACAUUAACCACCGUGGCUGCUCCAAACCAGCAGAUUCCUAGAUAACUUUGACUACAGGGUCAAUGAGAGUAAAGGAUGUUAUUAGUUAAACAUAGGGUAUGCAAUUCCUGAGGUGCCUGCACAAAGUAGACAAACUUAUGACAAUUCCAUCUUUCUGACUUAAAGAAAGGAGUAUCUUUCAGUGUCACGAACCAAAAGGAAAGUAAAACGUGAUUAAACUAAAUAAGUAGGCCAUGUUUGCUUCUAAUAAAUUGAGCAGAGGGGGAUAAAAGCAUCUGUUUUUAAAUGAUCAUGAUCCCAGAGAAUAGGAAAAAAAAACUAGUGUGAAAAACAAAACAAAACAAAAAACAGUCUGAGAAACAGAAAAAUUAGUUUGAAAAACAGGGGGAAAAUAUUCCAAAGAACAGAAAAGAAAAAAAAAAGUGAAAACAGAAAGUAAUAGUAUGAAGAGAAGAACAGAAAAGAAAAAAUACUCUGAAAAACAGGGAAAAGAAGUCUGAAAAACUUUUUUUUUUUUUCUGGUGAAUGCAAUGCCUGAAUCUGCUGCUGCUGAAAGUGAUUGACAGCACGCAGACUGACCCUGUUAGUGCUCUGCUGUCAGUGGUAUGUCAGACAUGAAGAAUGUUCCUCUGAAAAUACUGCUGACAGACAGUACAGGUUUUUACAAAGUUAUAUGGUAAAACACGGCAUAGGAGUGAUAAAAAUCACCUCUGUGUUUGACAAUAUUAAAAAGAAGUUAUUUACAGAAAAUUCAGGCUGUAUUUACAUUUUUACAUGAUUAAAAAAAGAGAGGUGUUAGUAAUAACACAGCUGCCUAAACCACUCUCUCUUUAGAAUAACGCCGUCACCGCCAUCUACUGCACUCAUGUCAGAUACACAAAACCCACAUCUGUGCACUGAACUGAUUUGAUUAUAUGUUUGUCUCACCAGAAAACUGUACUUAGAAACAGAAUAAAUAAAUACCAGUAUCAGAACAAGGGAAAGAUAGAUUUGUGUGUCAGCUGGAGUUGGUAGAGUCUGUCUCUGUGUGAUAACCUGUAUGAGAUUUUCAUGUGUUUCUGUUUUUCGAACAUGUUGCUGCCUUCCUGUAAAAGCUCAUACCCACAGUGUGGCCAGUAUUGUUAUUAUCAUACCUCCUGACUGCAUCCAUCCAUCCCUCUGUGAGUUAAAGGCGUGUGGAUCUAAGAGCUUUUCCUUGUGUCGAUGGUUUUAUGGGGCCAGUUUGACUUUAAAAGUGAAUUUAUUUAUAUAUUCAAAAAUAACUAUUUGAUUAUGUAAAAAUCAGGUAAUGAUAUUUGAGCCAUAUUUAGCAACAUCAGCCGGGCAGAGAUGAUUUUUGCUUUUAGACGGGACUGAUUUUGCAGAAUGUUGCUAAACUUGAUCUGUCAGAAAUAUAUUGAGCUGCAUUCCACCUGAACUUAGACAUGCAAUUACCUGUACUGACACAGGUGACCAUAAUCUAGGCAGAGCUACAACAUCUAGAAUCAGUCUGACUUCUGCUUUGUUUAAAUUAGUUUACAGGAGAUGUUCAGUAGAGUUUCAGCAGGUGUAACUACUUUGAUUAACUUUAAUGGAUUUUGUAAGUUAAAAUAUCGUGGUGUACUGUCACAAAAACACAUUUAUCAUACAGGAUGUGUUUUACAAAUGUUGGGUACUUGACUCUGUUCAAACAUUGUAUACAGCUACAUAAUAAAAGACCACAGCAAAUA